UCCAACACUAAUCUUAUUCAAGUACGACAUGCAACAAAGAAAUCGGGUGGUUCAACCUCAAACACUCGCACAUCCAACCCAAAAUACCUUGGAUUCAAAAGGUUUCAUGGCAGCAAAGUUAUCCCCGGAAACAUCAUUCUUCGUCAACGAGGAACUAGAUGGCAUCCAUGCAAUGGCGUUGGUAUUGGCCGCGACCAUACUAUUUUUGCCCUCGUUGAAGGUCGGGUUGUUGUGCAUUACGAUCUGGCCACUCAGCGUCGAUACAUCUCGGUCAAU